ACCCAGCCGAAGUGAUACAGCUCUACCCUGACCUGUCCAAUUUAACAGGACAGGAGGACAGCCCUGCCCCCGCUGCAGGCGAUCGCAAAGGUGCCAACCGAACAGCUCGAGGACAAAUCAUAGACCAAGCACGAAGCCAACUAAGCUCUGCUAGUCCUGAGGACUUGACCCAUGCACUGGUGGCCCUGACCAAGUAUCUGGAACGCGUGCGAGCCGAUCUGAUUGCGGAAGUACCGAACUGUCCCGCUGACCACAUCGCGCGGCGCGAGGGGUUGGUAGAUAAAGGUACAGGUCUAGGGGAAGGGGAAGGUGGGGAGGGGGUGUUGGCUGAAGCGGAUGAGAAUACCGGGACAAAGCGGGUCGAGGACGGGAUGUCGAGGGUAUCGGAUGCUGGCAAAGCGGAGAGAGAGAGAUUUGUGGGUAAUGGCGAACUUGCGGACACACAGACCCACACACUCCGCCAACAGGGCCAGAGUGAGCAGGCUGGGGAUGGGGAGAAUACGACCACGGGUGAGACCACGCCGGAAAACCAGACUGCAGAAGAGGUAGAUACGACACAUCCUGCAGAAGGGGUGGAUACGACACAUCCGACAAGUGCCACCCCAAGGACCACGGAAGGGACGGAGAGACUCUCAGGAGAAACACACGGGAGAGCCAAGACAUUGGCAAAAGGGGACAGAAGAGACCAGCGGUUGAGGGCUGUGGACAUUGCUUUGCUGCAGCUGUAUGUACGACUGGACACACACCGACUGCUGUGCUUUGUGGGAGGAUGUGGAGAUGCGCACGAGUGUCAGUGUACGUACAGGUGA